AUUCUCGACACCCCUUUCGCUUCACAGCCCAACUGCCGGAAGUCGCUCGACUCCACUUCCGGCCCGUUCAAACGCCGCGCGCGGAGGAGGAGGGUCGGGCUGCGGCAUGUGGGGCGUGGUUUCGGGAGGGAGGGAGCCGCUGGGCAGCGCCCCCUUCAGUCUUUUCCCAGGGGAGGAGGCGCGUUUGCGCCCUUGGGGAACCGUUUGGAAUCCUGCCUGCGGCGUGGACGCCUCAUGGAGCCCGAGAGGGGAAGGACCGGGGCGCUCCUCCAGAAGGGCCGGAAGAGGAGGCGCGCCCGCGGCAAGCACGUCGGGGCGGCCGAGGCGCGGAGAGCCCGCUCGGAACCUGAGGAGAGGCGGCCCGGGGCCAAGAUAAAGCCUCGAGUAUAUCAAGGGUCCCAUUUCAUUACAUUAUGUAGCAGUCUAAAUUCAAAGCAAGCAUCUUAUAUAUCAAUGAAGCAAAGAAAGGUGAUCAAGAAACCAAAAGGCAAAAUAAGAUAAUCUGUGAUGAAAGCAUGUGAAUUUGAGAUCUUUCUUAAAGUCAGGAGAUACGAGUGCGGGAUUCAAGGCAGAGAACCUCGAUGUCUAAUAAAUGUAAUCUGGAAG